AUGGUCGUAAUUUCUCCUUUAAAAUCACUCAUGGAAGAACAGGUUUCAUUCUUAAAGGAAUUAGGAAUACCUGCCGUUUGUAUUACGGAUGAAUCGAAAGACAAUGUAAUAGAAGCCAUGAUGCAAGGGCGAUAUUCUCAUGUAUAUGCCUCUCCCGAGUGUCUCCUUUCCACUAACAAGUGGAGAGGAAUAUUUGCUUAUAAAGCGUUCGUAGAAAAUCUUGUUGGAGUUGCUGUAGACGAAGCACACUGUAUUGACCAGUGGUAA